AUGUCUCGUGCAUCUCAAUCUUUGCAUGAUCGUCAUAUUACAAUUUUUUCUCCAGAGGGCAAAUUGUACCAAAUUGAAUAUGCUUUUAGAGCAGUUAAAAAUUCUAAUUUAACAGCAAUAGCAAUUAAGGGGACAGAUACUGUUUGUAUUGCUUGCCAGAAGAAGGUACCUAAUCAACAGGGACAACAGGAUAAGCUAUUGGAUACUUCUUAUGUAACAUCCAUGUUCCGUAUUCGAAAGGGUAUUGGAGCUGUAGCUUUAGGGAUAGGACCUGACUGUAAAGCCAUGAUAUCAAAAUGUAGAGAAAUAGCAAGUGAUUUUGCUUUUAAUAAUGGUAUGGAGAUGCCUGUAUCAUAUCUAUGCCAUAAAGCAGCAGAUGUAAAUCAAAUGUAUACCCAACAUGCAUCUAUGAGGCUUUUAGGAGCCUCUGCAAUGUUUGUAUCUAUAGAUGAUGAAGAUGGGCCUUCUAUUUAUAAGGUAGAUCCAGCAGGGUACUUUGCAUCUUACAAAGCAUGUGCCAUUGGAUCCAAAGAACGAGAGGGAACCAAUAUUUUGGAGAAGAUUCUUAAAAAGACACAAUUAUCUUCUUCAAUAGACGUAAUUAAUGCAACUAUUGAAUCUCUACAAAGUACUUUAGGUGUUGACUUUAAGUGUGGAGAUAUUGAAGUUGGAGUUGUUACGGUUAAUCAACCGAUGUUUAGGCUACUCUCUGAAAUUGAAAUAGAUGAAUGUUUAACAACUAUUGCUGAGAAGGAUUAA